AUGAACCACGAUCCAUUUAGCUGGGGCAGACCAUCAGAUGAAACCUAUGGUUCCUAUGACAAAAGAAUAGCGGAAGCGCCAGCUUUUCCAAAGAUGAAUACCACACAACCAAUCGUCACGGGUACUUCUGUUAUCUCAAUGAAAUACAACAAUGGUGUAAUCAUUGCUGCUGAUAACCUAGGUUCCUAUGGUUCUUUGCUUCGUUUUACAAAUGUUGAAAGAUUGGUACCUGUUGGUAAGAAUACAGUUGUUGGUAUAUCUGGAGAUAUUUCCGACAUGCAACAUAUUGAAGAUUUGUUAGAAGAAAUGCAAACGGAGAAUAAUUAUGAUAACUCUUACGUAGACGACGAGGAAUCAUUAAAACCAAGUUACGUGUUUGAAUAUUUAGCUAAUGUCAUGUACAAUCGUAGAUCCAAGAUGAAUCCAUUAUGGAACGCUAUUAUUGUUGCAGGUACGGAGGAUAACAAACCUUUCCUUAGAUAUGUUAACCUAUUGGGUGUUACAUAUUCUUCGCCUACUUUGGCUACAGGGUUUGGUGCUCAUCUAGCAUUGCCUCUAAUGAGACGUGUAGUAGACCGUGACAGCGAUGUAGAGAAUACUUCUCUCGAAGUUGCCGAAAAAACUAUUCUUGAAUCGAUGAAGAUCUUAUAUUACAGAGAUGCACGUUCCUCAAGAAAGUUUUCUUUAGCUAUAAUCGAUAAUGAUCAAGGAUUAGUGUUGAAGAAGGGAUUACAAGUAGAAAAUAUGUCAUGGAAGUUUGCCAAAAAUAUAAAGGGUUAUGGUACUCAAAAAGUAUAG